UAAUUAAUAAAUUAUUUUAUGUCUUACAGGAUGACUGCCGUGUUUCGUGUUGGCCUCGCGCGGCUUGUCAGUCGCGGCGCCACCGCCACUGCUGUGGCACCUGCCACACAGUUCAUGCAGAAGUGCAACAUCUCCGGCAAAACGAUGCGUGGCGGACCCCGCGUGCCCAAGGAGCCACCAUAUCCAUACAAGACGAAGAAAUACAGUCUGAUCAACUCGCUGUUCGACAAGACAUCGAAACGCUUCGAUGAGAACUCCAAAGUCAUUUGCGUUGAGGGUCCCAUUGCGGCUGGCAAAACAAAGUUUGCUCAGGAACUCGCCGCCGAGCUGGACAUGCUCUACUAUCCAGCUGUUGAUUUAGAUCUGUACUACAUCAAUUCUUAUGGCUACGAUAUGCGCAAAUUGGAUCCGGAGCUGCCACCCAGCUGUCGCAGCUAUGAUAUUCGCGAUUUCUGCAAGAAUCCCGGCCAUGAGCACGCUGCUCUCUUCCAGAUUCGCAUGUACAUGCUGCGUUAUUCGCAGUACAUCGAUGCAUUGCAGCACAUUCUGUCCACCGGCCAGGGUGUCGUCUUGGAGCGCAGUCCCUACUCCGAUUUCGUCUUCAUGGAGGCCAUGUUCCGCCAGGGUUACAUUUCGCGUGGUGCCCGCUCCGUGUACAACGAGUUGCGUCAGAACACCAUUGGAGAGCUGCUGAAGCCGCAUUUGGUCAUUUAUCUGGAUCUUCCAGUGAGCGUUGUGCAGCGCCAGAUCAAGGCACGCAACUUGGAGCAUGAGGUCAAGUCGAAGGCAUUCUCCGAUGAUUAUUUGCGUGAUCUGGACAUCCUGUAUAAGCAGCAGUAUCUCAAGGAUAUCUCCAGCCAUGCCGAGCUGUUGAUCUAUGACUGGUCCUCGGGUGGUGAGGCCGAGGUCGUUGUGGAGGAUAUUGAACGUUUGGAUUUCCAACAGCAUGAGGCUGAUCCGCACAACAAGAAGAUGCUCGACUGGCGUUUCACGCUGGAAGACGAAUGGUGCAUGGCACGCAUCAAGUACUGCCACGAGAAGCCCUCGCUGAUGAAUUUCUUCAACGUGCCCCGCUUCGAUGUGCCCGAAUUGCUGCGUAGCGCCGACGAUGGCAAAGCUUGGCGCGAUGUUUGGUUCAAUGCGCCUGGCAUGAAGUAUCGCGCUGGCUACAAUGCUGAUGCGGGAGACACCGGCUUGUUGACCAAGACCAGGAUUGGCAUCAACGAGGCCAAUUAGGCAGUCACUUGUUGUCCUCAAAUGAUUUAACUGGCGAAAUGUGUUAAUUAUGUAAUAAAAAACCCAAUUUAGUAAAAUAAUCUUAAAACUUUUCGCUUA